AUGAAGGGACCCUGCAUCAUUGCCUGGCUCUUCUCAUGCCUGGGAUGGUGGAGACUCGCCCAGCCGGAGACAGACGCAUCUCAGUGCCAGAGAGCAGAGCAUCCGGUCAUUUCCUAUAAAGAAAUUGGCCCCUGGUUGCAGGAGUUCAGAGCGAAGAAUGCUGUGGAUUUCUCGCAGUUAACAUUUGACCCAGGACAGAAAGAACUUCUUGUAGGAGCAAGAAACUACCUCUUCAGAUUACAGCUUGAGGAUUUGUCUCUGAUCCAGGCUGUGGAGUGGGAGUGUGAUGAAGCAACCAAGAAGGCCUGUUACAGCAAAGGCAAGUCCCAGGAGGAAUGUCAGAACUACAUCCGCGUACUGUUGGUGGGUGGCGACAGGUUAUUUACCUGUGGAACUAACGCUUUCACGCCGGUCUGCACCAACCGCACGCUGAGUAACCUGACGGAGAUCCAUGAUCAGAUCAGCGGCAUGGCCCGCUGUCCUUACAGCCCUCGGCACAAUUCCACGGCUCUCCUCACGGCGGGCGGGGAGGUCUAUGCAGCCACGGCCAUGGAUUUCCCUGGACGCGAUCCCGCUAUUUACCGAAGUCUGGGCGUCUUGCCCCCUCUCCGCACCGCGCAGUACAACUCCAAAUGGCUCAACGAACCAAACUUCGUGUCAUCUUAUGACAUCGGGAAUUUCACCUACUUCUUUUUCCGUGAAAAUGCCGUGGAGCAUGACUGUGGGAAGACCGUGUUCUCCCGAGCUGCCCGGCUGUGCAAGAACGACAUCGGGGGCCGGUUCCUGCUGGAGGACACGUGGACCACGUUCAUGAAGGCCCGUCUCAACUGCUCUCGCCCUGGCGAGCUCCCUUUCUACUACAAUGAGCUGCAGGGCACCUUCUUCCUGCCUGAGCUGGAUCUGAUCUAUGGCAUCUUUACCACCAAUGUGAACAGCAUUGCUGCCUCCGCCGUGUGCGUCUUCAACCUCAGCGCCAUCUCACAGGCCUUUAACGGGCCCUUCAAGUACCAGGAGAGCUCUCGGUCCGCCUGGCUCCCGUAUCCCAACCCUAACCCCAACUUCCAGUGCGGCACCAUGGACCAGGGCCUGUAUGUGAACCUGACAGAAAGGAACCUGCAGGACGCUCAGAAGUUCAUCCUGAUGCAUGAGGUGGUGCAACCAGUGACUGCAGUGCCCUCCUUCAUGGAGGACAACAGCCGCUUUUCCCACGUGGCCGUCGACCUGGUGCAGGGCAGGGACGCGCUCAUCCACAUCAUUUAUUUGGCCACAGAUUACGGCACCAUUAAAAAAGUGCGGGCGCCCCUCACUCAGACCUCGGGCAGCUGUUUGCUGGAAGAGAUGGAGCUCUUCCCCGAGAGGCGACCGGAGCCCAUCAGAAGCCUGCAGAUCCUCCACAGCCAGAGCGUCCUGUUCGUGGGUCUGCGGGAGCACGUGGCCAAGAUCCCACUGAAGAGGUGCCAGUUCCACCACACGCGCAGUGCCUGCAUUGGGGCCCAGGACCCUUACUGUGGCUGGGAUUCGGUGAUGAAGAAAUGCACGAGCCUGGAGGAGAGCCUGAGCAUGAUACAGUGGGAGCAGAGUAUCUCCACCUGUCCUAUGAGGAAUCUCACCGUGGAUGGGCAGUUCGGCACGUGGUCAGCGUGGACGCCAUGCACGCACACCGACGGCAGCACCGUGGGAUCCUGCCUCUGCCGGACCCGCUCCUGCGACAGCCCGGCCCCCCAGUGUGGUGGCUGGCAGUGCGAGGGCCCCCGCAUGGAGAUCGCUAACUGUUCCAGGAGUGGAGGCUGGACCCCCUGGACCUUGUGGUCUCCCUGCAGCACCACCUGCGGGAUCGGCUUCCAGGUGCGCCAGAGGUCCUGCAGCAACCCUACUCCGCGACACGGGGGCCGGGUGUGUGUGGGACAAAACCGCGAGGAAAGAUACUGCAAUGAGCAUCUGCUGUGCCCCCCACACAUGUUUUGGACAGGCUGGGGUCCCUGGGAACGGUGCACAGCACAGUGUGGAGGCGGCAUUCAAGCUCGCCGCAGAACCUGUGAGAAUGGUCCUGACUGUGCGGGCUGUAGUGUGGAGUACCAGCCUUGUAAUACCAACCCAUGCCCUGAGCUGAAGAAGACCACACCCUGGACACCCUGGACACCUGUCAACAUCUCUGACAAUGGGGGCCACUACGAGCAGCGAUUUCGGUACACGUGCAAGGCCCGCCUGCCUGAUCCAAACUUGCUGGAAGUGGGAAGGCAGAGAAUUGAGAUGCGGUACUGUUCUAGCGAUGGAACCAGCAGCUGCUCCACUGAUGGCCUUUCUGGUGAUUUCCUGCGUGCUGGGAGAUACUCUGCCCACACUAUCAAUGGGGCCUGGUCAGCCUGGACCUCGUGGUCACAGUGCAGCCGAGACUGUAGCAGGGGCAUUCGCAACCGGAAGCGUGUUUGCAACAAUCCGGAGCCCAAGUUUGGGGGCAUGCCUUGCCUGGGCCCCUCCCUGGAAUACCAGGAAUGCAACAUCUUGCCCUGCCCAGUGGAUGGCGUGUGGUCUUGCUGGUCCUCCUGGUCAAAGUGCUCAGCGACAUGUGGAGGUGGACAUUACAUGAGGACCCGCUCAUGCACAAACCCGGCCCCUGCCUAUGGAGGCGACAUCUGCCUGGGCCUGCACACGGAAGAGGCUCUCUGCAACACGCAGCCCUGCCCUGAGAGCUGGUCGGAGUGGUCAGAAUGGUCCGAGUGUGAUGUGUCUGGAGUCCAGGUCCGCAUCCGCCAGUGCAUUCUUCUGUUCCCCGUGGGCAGCCAGUGUUCCGGAAACACCACGGAGAGCCGGCCCUGUGUUUUUGAUUCCAAUUUCCUCCCAGAAGUAUCUGUGGCAAGAUCCAGCAGCGUAGAAGAGAAAAGGUGUGGAGAGUUCAACUUGUUCCACAUGAUCGCCGUGGGGCUCAGCAGCUCCAUCCUGGGCUGCCUUCUUACGCUGCUUGCCUACACCUACUGCCAGCGGUACCAGCAGCAGUCCCACGAUGCCACCGUCAUCCACCCCGUUGCGCCUGCCCCUCUCAACACCAGCAUAACUAACCACAUCAACAAACUGGACAAGUAUGACUCGGUGGAAGCCAUCAAGGCAUUUAACAAAAACAACUUGAUCUUAGAGGAAAGAAACAAAUACUUCAACCCGCAUCUCACUGGGAAGACCUAUUCUAAUGCCUACUUUACAGAUCUCAAUAAUUAUGAUGAGUACUAA